AGCACGUUUGGCGCGCCUCAGCACAUGUGCUUUACAUUGAGCUGAAGGACCGAGGCAUACCCGCUUUCUCAUUUUUUUUUAUUUCCGUUCUGUAUUUAUUCUUCUUAUCAUUCUGAUACGACUACUCGCCGGCUGUAGCGCGGCUCGUGCAGCCGCCUCCGCAUCUUUUCUUCGUAUCUGGUUGCCAACCGAUCUUUUCCCACCAUGUCUAUUAUCAUGCCAGGGUACCCCGUACCUCGCUCACUGUGGGCGACGUCGGGGGAGGCGUGCACCGCGUGCGGCAAGCGCUUUAGCUUCUUCACCUCCAAAGAAAACUGCUCCUGCUGCGGACGCCUCUUCUGCUCCUCCUGCCUUUCCGCGGAAUGCACGCUGACACCGAUGGGCAUGCCUGUUGCAAUUUGCCUGGAGUGCUUUCAGAAGAUCCAGGACUGGCGCCGCAGCAACCGCGAGCAGCGCCGCGAAGCCAAAUCGGCGUCACCUUCGCCCGCCGCCGGCAGCGCCUCUCCGCCUGUCAACCACACUGCGAUCGAGGCGAAGCUGACCGCGCUUGAAGGUGACUUCGCGCGUGUGCAGGAAAGCGGGCGUCAGCUGCGCGGGGAGAACGACUCCCUGCGUGCGCUGCUCACCGCCAAGGACACGUACGUGGCGGAGUUGGCAGCGGGGCAGAAACAGGCCGAUGCCGCCGCAGAGCAAGCGACGCACGAGGCGUCGCAGAUGUCGCAACAACUGCGUGCGAUGACGGCGGCGCGCGCAGACGCCACCAAGGACCUCGCCGAGGUGCAGGCGAAGCUCUCCGCCGCUGAAGAGGUGAACGGGUCCGUGAUGGCGAAGAUGAGCGCGCUGCUGGAGGCCAACAGAGAGCUGAAGGGGCAAACAGCAAGACUGCAAAAUGAGGCCGCGGAACUCCGCGCAGACGCUGCGAAAGGCGCGGAGGAAUUAUCGCACCUCCGCAAUUCAGUUGUCGAAGCCUCCGCGCGCAAAUCGAAAGCGAUGGACGACAUAACGUCGCAGCUGCGGGCGGUGUCAGAGGAAAACGCGCAGCUCCGACAAGGCAGGGAUGACGCCGCGGCUGCCGCGAGUAAAGCCGCUGCCGAACUCGAGAAGCUCCGUGAGUCGGCUCAGUCGUGGACGGAGGAGCGUAGCGCCUACGAGGAGGAAGUGAAGCGGCUACAGAGCGCUCUUGACGCUGCACAGAGAAGUGUGCGCACGCUGCAGGAGCAGCAGCAGCAGCAGCACACCGCCGUGGAUGCAGCAAGCACCACCGCAGCUCAACUUACCGAACAGCAGCAACGAAUUCAUUCUCUCAGUGAGCAAAUCAACCAGAUGCGUGUGGCGGUCGACAUCCUUCAAAAGGAGAAAACGGAAGCGGACGUCAACUACCAGAAAGAACGUGAGGCGAGGACAGACCUUGAGAGUCGCGUCGCGGCUUUAUCGGAAGAGGCUACGCGCUUUGGAGAUAAGGAACAGGAGUGGAAUGUGCUGAAGGCACACAACGCAAAGAGAACGCUGAAGUUGGAGGCAGCCCUCGAACGUGCAGCCCGAGAGGCAGCGGACAGCGCGGAAAGACACCAGCACGCAACAAAGGACAUGGAGGACGCAGUUGCCGCGCAGUUGGCCGACAAGCAGCACGCCGUCGACUCUCUCACCCACCAGCUGCGCACAACGGAGGGCACCCUGCACGCAUUACAGGCGGAGAUCGCGUCAACGCGACAGGAGGCCACCACCCUGCGCGAGCAACUCCGUGAGGCCGCACACGCAGGGGAUGCGACGCUGAACGCCUCCCUCACCAAGGCAGCAGCAGAACUCGAAGAAACGCGGCUGCUGCUGAGGCGGAAGGAGGCGUCCGAAGCGGAGUUGCGCUCACUUCUGGCGGACAGACAACACGCGUUGGAAGCGGUGCAACGCGUGCAGAUUACGGCUGCCGCAGAAGCAAAAGAGGAAAUCCACGCUCUGCGGCAGCAAUGCACCGCUGCACGAGCGACGUACGAGGCGGAACGACAGGAGUGGCAGACGUCGCUGGCGGAGCUGCGCACGGCGCAGGGACUGCUGGAGAAGCAGCGCGAUGCGGAAGCCAAAAACGGCGUAUCCAAUCUCGUUCCUCCGUCAGAUGCAGCGGCGGCAAAGUCGGAUCGCAGAGGUUCCCGCUGGGCGCGGCCGACGCGGGUGAAAGCAGUGGAGUAUUUACUCGGCAACCGCUCCUACGAGGGCAUCCCGGCUGUCAAAGGACUCGAUAGGUGGGACUUUGACAUGAAAGCCGAGGCGGCGCGCGCUGAUGUGCCGGACGUGCUCGUGCGCACUGGCUACCAAAUCGCACUGGAUUGGUUGCUCUUCCCAAACACGGCCUCACUGUUGCAGUGGGUGAACCUGUUAGACACCGUGCAGGCGAACUACUGCGCCAACCCCUACCACAACCGGGUGCACGCAGCGAGCGUGCUGCAGGGCGUGUACGCGUUAGUGCUGCAGUGUCCUGGCCUUGUGGAGCACAUGACGACGAUGGAGAAGCGUGCCAUCGUCUUCGCGGCCGCGGUGCACGACGUCCGCCACCCGGGUCGCACAGAGGUGUUUCUCAAAAGCACCUUCGACGCCACCUACCUGCGCUACAACGGGUGCCGGGUGCUGGAGCAGAUGCACACGUCCACCGCCUUUGAGAUGCUGGGUCACCCAGAGCUGGACUUCACGCAGAGCGACAUGGACGACGCCGAGGCGCUGCACUUCCACUCACUCGUUGCAGACCUCAUCGCUGCCACCUUCAUGGGCAGCCACGCCGCCUUGAUGCACACGUGGUCCCGCCCGUUGCGCGAAGGGGGCGGAGGUGGUGCUUAUGAUUUCACGCAGGAGAGCGACCGUCACACGGUGCUGGCGAUGCUGCUGCACGCUGUCGACAUCGGUGCGCAGGCCCGCGGUGUCGACGUGGCGCUGAAGUGGCUCGACGUGGUGGAGGAGAUGUACCAGCAGGGCGACGAGGAGGCCGCCUUGGGACUCCCCGUCUGCCCAGGCAACGACAGAGGCGGCGACCUGGUAAAGGGCCAACUCUUCUUUAUGGAGGCGUUCGCCAUCCCCGUCUUCGACCUCAUUCAUCAGUUUUUUCCCCCCGUUGAGGCGCCGCUGACAAACCUGCGCGCGCUGCACGCCUAUUACAGCGAUGCGUUGCACGAGACGCCGCCGCGCCCCUUCCCGCCCCCGGUGCAGUACGACGCGGAGGCGGCGCAGGUGAAGGCCGUCACGGCAGCCGCCGCCGAGCGCGACGCAGCAGCCGCCACGCGCGAGGCGAGAAUCAGCAAGCGAGAAAAGACGGUAGAGCAGGCGGUGCAGCGACUUCGCCAGGCCACCGCCGCCGUUGCGCAGCGGGAGGCGCAGCUGACGAAGAAGGAGACCCAACUGGCCGCCCAGCUGUCGGAUGUGGAGUCGAAGUCGCAUGUGCUGAACUCCACCGACGCAUCGAUGCAGACUGAGAAGGAGCUGCUGCGGGCUACGAAUGCCGUCGUCCAGCGCGAGGAGGCGAUGCAGCGCAAGGCGGCGGAGUUGGAGGCGAUGACGUCGGAGCUGGAGCAGCGCGAGGCGGUGUCCUCACAGCUGUCGAGUCAGCUCGCCGCCAUCGCAGAGCAGGUGAGCCGGCGCCGUCAGCUGCUGCGGUACCGCGAGGCGCAGCUGCGUGCGAGGGAAACGGGGCUGCACGACAACAUUGUGAGAGAGGAUCGUGUUGGCGUCAACGCCUUCAGCGCAGAAUUGAAAAGAUCGACGCCGUCAUCACAACAUCAAGCUUCUCUCUCCCUUCAUCGUAGUGCAGAGCUAAAUAAGCUGCAGAGCGCCAUGGAGAAGUUGACCUCUGCUAUGAGCUUUAUCUGA